AGCAGACAAAAAGCGAAUUUCUUGACUCCGUCGAUUCUCCUCUCCCUCUCCCACUGUCCCGCAUCUUCUCCCGGUCUCCCUUUUCCUGUGUCCCCUCCUCUUCCAGGUUCCCUCUCCCCGUGCCCACCCGGGCCAUGCCCCCGGUCCGCCCCCGGCCCCGGCCCCGGCCGUCCCUCCGCGGUCUCGCCUCCGCCCAGCUCUGGCUGUGCUGGCGCUGGCGCUGCUGGGCGGGCAUCAUUGCCUGGGGCUGGGGCGGCAUCGCUGCCCUUUGGCUCCGCCUGGGCCGACCCCGGCCCCGGCCCCGGCCCCGGCCCCGGCCCCGGCUCCUCCCGGGGCCCGCGGAGGACACAGGCGGUGCGGCCGCUGCCGCCGCCUCCGCUGCGGCUUCCCCGGCCCGAGCUCCGCCGCUGUCGCGUUCCAAUGAGGGAACGCCUGCGGGUGCCCGGCCCGGGGAGCUCGGGGAGCGCUCGGGGGCCGUUCCUGGCCCCGGGCCGAGCACUGACGGCCGCGUCUCUUCCCCAGGGAAGGCGCAGCAGGCCCUGCAGCAGCGCUACCGAGUGGGUUCACUGCUGGGGCGCGGCGGCUUUGGCAGAGUUUUUGCGGCCACUCGGCUCUCGGACGGACUCCCGGUGGCCAUCAAAAAGGUGCCACGGAACCGCGUCCGGCACUGGGGCGAGCUGCCCGACGGCACCAGCGCACCCCUGGAGAUAGUGCUGCUGGACAAGGUGUCCACAGGCUUCCCCGGUGUGGUGCAGCUGCUGGAAUGGUUUGAGCUCCCCAACACCAUCGUGAUGGUGCUGGAGCGCCCGGAGCGGUGUCAGGACCUGCGACGUUUCAUUCGGGCACGGAGGUUCCUGUCCGAGGAAGAGGCGCGGGAGCUGUUCCAGCAGGUGCUGGCGGCCGUGCGGCACUGCACCAGCUGCGGGGUCCUGCACCGAGAUAUCAAACCUGAGAACGUCUUGGUAGACCUGGACACCGGCGAGGCAAAACUGAUUGACUUCGGCUGUGGCACCUACCUGCAGGACACAGCCUACACUCAAUUUGCAGGAACACUGUCAUACAGCCCCCCGGAAUGGAACGACUUCGGCUGGUACCAUGGCGAGGCAGCGACCGUCUGGUCCCUGGGCAUCCUGCUGCACGAGAUGGUCUGCGGGGAGCACCCUUUCAGGAGGGGCAGGAACAUCAGAUGGGGCCAGCUCCCGCUGCCACAACGGCUCUCCCAAGACUGCCAGAUUCUGAUCAGGUGGUGUUUAUCCCUGAACUCCUUGGACAGGCCCUCAUUAGAAGACCUGUCCUGUGAUCCCUGGAUGCAGGAUAAUCAUCAGCCCUAGAAGAAGGGGGAGAGCCACAGGCACAGUGAUGCAGGGACCUGCCGGGCCCUGGGCAGAACCCUGACAGCCUGGUGUCACCCCAGGGAAGAAGGAGCCCCUGGAGAAGCUGUACCAGGUGGGGCUGCUGCUGCUGCUGCUGGAGACAUGGAGGACAGCAGCAAGGAUGACAACCUCUUCCUCCACCUGGCCAGCGGGAGCUGGCGAUGAUGGACUUUGAUUCUGGCACCUUCUUCAAAGCCAG